UUAAAAUUUUCCUGGCCACAAUUUUUAUCCUGUCCCCACAGACAGAUAAAGAAAGACACAAAUCUCUCUCAAGGGAGAUACCUGCACACAAAUGGCUUCUUUUCUUUCACAUGGUUCUGCAUCUCUCCACCUGAGUACGGAUUACAGGUAUCUGACUUCUUUUAAGCUUCAUGAAUCUCCCCCCAAAAACUACAGAUUCAAGUGUUAUGGACUUAAUAAGGAGAAUUCAGUAACAAGGAGCAACAAUGCUUCAGUGACAACACAGAAGGAAGAUGGGAGUGAACCUGAAAAUGUGGUGCUUAAGGUAGCAUGGUAUGCUUCUGAACUGCUUGGCAUAGCUGCUUCAAUUUUCCGAUCACCGCCUUCUGAUGAUGUGAUCGAUGAAUAUUCUGAGCUUCCCUGUGAUGAGUCUGGAACCAUUGAUCGAGCUGCUGUAGUUGAAACGAUUAAAGCAGACUUCCAAAGAUCUUACUUUGUCACAGGAAAUCUGACGCUUGGUGCAUAUGAAGAGGACUGUGAAUUUGCUGAUCCAGCGGGUUCCUUUAAAGGGCUUAGGCGAUUUAAGAGGAACUGCACUAACUUUGGUUCCCUUAUCAAAAAGUCUGACAUGAAACUCAUGAAGUGGGAAGACUUUGAGGACAAGGGUAUUGGACAUUGGCGUUUCAGCUGUAUCAUGUCUUUCCCUUGGAAGCCUAUCCUUUCUGCUACAGGUUAUACAGAGUACUAUUAUGAUCCAAGAUCUGGUAAAGUUUGCAGGCAUGUGGAGCACUGGAAUGUCCCAAAAAUGGCUCUGUUGAAGCAAAUUUUGAAGCCGAGCAGGCAGAUUACUCAUUAGACGAUUUAGGGGAGCAUUAAGUUCUGAAAUUACUACAACCAUAGGACUGAAAGCUUUGUGAAUUGUGAUGCUUAUGGUUGUGAUACUAGUAGAUACAGAGAACUACAGUAGGCAUUGUAGUUUUGUGAAUACGAACAGAUAUAUUAGCAUCUAAAGUCUAGUUUAUAAGAAGUGAUAGAUUGAUACUGUAUUUUUAUUUUUGUUUGGAUAAUUUUUGUAGGUUAUUUUUUCUGAUGAAAGAAAGUACAAGAGAUCAGAUCCAUAUAACUGGACCAUCUAAAUUUGAUUGAA